GGUGUGCCAGAUCCGGUCGCUGCCCCUGCCCCCCAACUCCAGCCGUUGCUGCCCCACUGCCGUCGGCGCUUAUAUUUGGGUAAUUAGCCCGCCUCCCUCGCGCGCUACCGCGCAUGCCCCAGUUCCGGGUCACGUGACGCCUGUCAUGGCCGCCUCCGUGGCCCGGGGCGGCGUGAGUGCUGGGUUCUUGCUGCGGGUGGCCAAAGGGCGCUGGUGGAGCCGUCCUGGGGGCUUUGGGGGAUCCGGGGAGGCGGCGUCACCAGCGACAGCCAGGAAAUUCCGGGUGACAGGCUCGCGCUCGGCGGGGGAGGAAGCCGAGCGGCCCGGGGACGUGGUGAACGUGGUGUUCGUAGACCGGUCGGGCCAGCGGAUCCCGGUGAGAGGCAGAGUCGGGGAUAAUGUUCUCCACCUGGCCCAGCGCCAUGGGGUGGACCUGGAAGGGGCCUGUGAGGCGUCCCUGGCCUGCUCCACCUGCCAUGUGUAUGUGAGCGAGGACCACCUGGACUUCCUGCCUUCUCCUGAUGAGAGGGAGGAUGACAUGCUGGACAUGGCCCCCCUCCUCCAGGAGAACUCCCGGCUGGGCUGCCAGAUCAUCCUGACCCCUGAGCUGGAAGGGGCCGAAUUCACCCUGCCCAAGAUCACCAGGAACUUCUAUGUGGAUGGUCACGUCCCCAAGCCGCACUGAUAAUGGGCAGCUGGACCGUCCCGGACACCCGUGGCCCAAGGGCCAGGACUGGAGAAACAGCCACGUUGCCAGCCCAGCCCAGAGCGUGGACAGGCCCGAGAGAUGUGAGAAGCACCAAGAAGGCCAAAUGCUUCAGAGAGACCCCAUGUCCAGGCUCUGGUGGAGACAGGGCUCCUACUGGGCAGCCUCUCCAAGCCCCGGAGAACCUGCGUGUGGAAAGGGGUGGAAUCUAAUUAGAGUGACAAUAAAGCCAUCUUACGGAA